CAACAUAUAUCACCAUAUCUGUUUGUCUCCCUUCCCUUCCCUUGGAUCCAUACAGUACGUGUGCGUGCCGUGCCAAGCUUCUCCCUCACCUACCUAAAUCCAAUCCACUUCCUUUCUUUCAUCUGCAUGCACACUUCCUCUCUCUCUCUCUCUCUCUCUCUCUCUCUCUCUCUCUCUCUCUCUCUCUCCUUCCUGGGAGCCGUGUUAAUUGCUCUCUUGUUGUGGAGCAGCAGGAGCCGAGGAGGACGGCGGCGGCGGCGGCGAGAAGAGAUGGCCGACGGCAGCAGCAACUCAUCGGCGUCGGUGGCCAUGGGACAGGAGGUGCAGGCUUUCGUUGAGAACAAGUAUGGUGGAAUGGUGCCUAAGAAGCCUCUGAUUUCAAAGGAUCAGGAGCGCGCCUAUUUUGAUUCUGCAGACUGGGUCCUUGGCAAGCAAGCUGCAAACAGCGGCACCGCACGGGCUGCGACUGCUAUCGAAUUCUUGAAGCCAAAGCUAAAGAGGACGCCCCAUCACCAGCUUCCCCCUCGCAAGCCGACCUGUGCGUCCAGCUGAGCUCAAGACAGUGCGAAAAUCCAAAGGGCCAGGCUUACAAAAGCUCCCUGGCUGGGAGAGACGAUGAAGAGCGUUAUCAAGUUUUUUUUAGUUGGUUGCAUUGGUUAGGAAGGCAAAUUCAGGAUUGAUGAGCCCUGCAUUUGGCUUUGUUCGCAGCACUCGCUGAAUUAUUAAUUUAAGCAUGUGGGGGACAUAGAUAAAACUAGACUCCUGCUAUUAUAUGCUUAAUUGUGGAAGUGGUAGAUGACACCCAUCUGUUUCAAUGUAUCUUUGGUCGGCAGAUGAAAUGUAUCCUCUCUAUCUACUUGGCUUCUCCCUUUCUUUA